GGUGCCAGUGCUUUUAUUUUUAAAUGGCUUGGAUGCCAAACAAUAGCAUUUAAAAGUGUGGUUUGUCCUUGUAUCGUGUGUCUAAUGUGAAGUGAACCUGUUCACCAUUACUGCCUUAUUUGCGCAGAUUUCUGACGUGCAGGUUGCGGUGCUCCGUGGUUGUGUGUACAGUAGGGUGUGUGGUUACUAACCGUCAGUACAACAGCUUCAAAUUCAUCUCUGCAAGGCUGGCAUAGAAAUGGCAUCGAUAGCAGCGGCACAUGAGCCGGGUUUAAACCCGAGCUCCAUGCUAGCUGACGCCUUGGUCCCGGCCAGCAUUUUCGCUCCUGAGAGGGGAGGAUGCGGCGUGGACGACGCCGGGGACGAGUGCUUCGAGGACGGGGACAUGAUGAAUGGCGAGUCCGAGGAGCGCGGGGUUGACUUCACCAACAAGCUGGCUCUUGUUAGUCCAAAUGGAGAGCAGUAUGACUCGUUACUACGACAGCUCCGGGACAGGAUGGAGGAGGGAUGUGGAGAGACCAUCUAUGUGGUCGGGAUGGGCUCAGAUGGUGGUGACUGGGGUCUGGACGAGAAGGACAUGGAGGCCUCCAUAGCCACAGUGCACUCCAUGUGUGAGCAAAUUGAUGCUGACCUUAUUCCGCUCCGUGAGCGCAACGAGGCAGCUGGAUUGGUACGAGACUAUCUGAUCCGCCGACGUGUGGGGGAGCUGGACUUCCUGGAGGUCAGGGUUGCUGUGGUGGGUAAUGUGGAUGCUGGUAAGAGUACUCUGCUUGGAGUGUUGACACAUGGAGAGCUGGACAAUGGCAGAGGCUUCGCUCGCCAGAAACUCUUCAGACACAAACACGAGAUGGAGAGCGGCAGGACCAGCAGCAUAGGCAAUGAUAUCCUGGGGUUUGACCAGGAGGGACAGGUGGUGAACAAACCAGAUAGUCAUGGUGGAAGCCUGGACUGGACCAAAAUCUGUGAGAAAUCCUCCAAAGUCAUCACCUUCAUAGACCUGGCUGGCCAUGAGAAAUACCUCAAGACCACUGUGUUUGGGAUGACCGGACACCUGCCUGACUUCUGCAUGCUCAUGGUGGGCAGUAAUGCAGGUAUCGUAGGGAUGACCAAAGAGCACCUGGGUCUGGCCUUGGCCCUGAAUGUGCCUGUGUUUGUGGUGGUGACCAAGAUAGACAUGUGUCCAGCCAACAUUCUGCAAGAAACACUGAAGCUACUGCAGAGGCUACUGAAGUCCCCUGGCUGCAGGAAGAUCCCCGUCCUGGUUCAGAACAAGGACGAUGUCAUAGUAACGGCAUCAAACUUCAGUUCAGAGAGGAUGUGCCCCAUCUUUCAGAUCUCAAACGUGACCGGUGAGAACAUGGACCUGCUCAAGAUGUUCCUGAACCUGCUCUCCUCCAGGACCUCGUACAGAGAUGACCAGCCUGCUGAGUUUCAGAUAGAUGACACCUACUCUGUCCCGGGAGUGGGAACUGUAGUAUCAGGAACUACUUUACGUGGACUAAUACGUCUGAAUGACACGAUGCUGCUUGGGCCGGACCCUUUGGGAAGCUUCAUCCCCAUCGCUGUCAAAUCUAUUCAUCGUAAGAGAAUGCCAGUGAAGGAGGUUAGAGGUGGUCAGACGGCAUCAUUUGCUCUUAAAAAGAUCAAGCGCUCGUCAAUAAGGAAAGGCAUGGUAAUGGUUUCUCCAAAGCUCUGCCCGCAGGCAACUUGGGAGUUUGAGGCUGAGAUCCUGGUGCUGCAUCAUCCUACUACAAUAUCCCCGAGAUACCAGGCCAUGGUCCACUGCGGCAGUAUAAGACAGACGGCCACCAUCCUGUCCAUGAACAGAGACUGUUUAAGGACAGGAGACAAGGCUUCAGUCCACUUCCGCUUCAUUAAAACUCCUGAGUACCUGCACUGUGACCAGAGACUGGUGUUCAGAGAGGGACGCACCAAGGCUGUGGGCACCAUCACUAAGCUGCUACAAUCCACAAACAACAUGCCGUCAAACUCCAAACCUCCACAAAUCAAAAUGCAGUCGACAAAAAAGGCACCGCUUCGAAAAGAGGACGGCACGGCAGCAGCUGGAGAUGACGCAGCAACAAUAGCACUGUCAGCAGGACAAACCGUGGUACAACAGCCAAAGUCUGGAGGAGGUGGCAGGAGAAGGGGCGGGCAGAGGCACAAAGGAAAAGGCCAGAACAGCAACACCAACUCCACAGCACCCCCCUCUUCAUCAUCAGGACCUGCAGGCUGUUAAACUGCCCCCCCCCCCCCCCGUUCAUCGCUCCCUCCACUCUCCAAGUGUCUUCAUUUCACCAACGAUGACAAAUCUGCAGUGAGACACUCCCCUCACUCUGACUACUCCUUGCCUUUUACACCAGAUUUAUUUAAAGGGAACACACAAGGGGUUCGUCUCAAACCACAGCACAGAUGCAGUUUUUAGUCAGCUGCCUUCACUGUUUGGACGUUUUGAUGUUUUAAGGAGCUGGUUAGGGGAGUUAGCCUCACUCAGGAUGGACUCAUUUUAUCCACACUUCCUUCUAUCGUCAUGUUUUUACCAGAGAGGGAGGCUAAACCCCAAAAACAAGGGUCCAGUACCAAUAUGAGCAGCUAUAAAUGGAACUCCCCCAGCAUUCCCUGUGUUACUUGCAAUGAAAAACAUUUAAUGUACUAUUUAUACUGCUUCUGUAAAUUAGCUUAGUCGUGUUCAGAUUGGGAGGAUGCCAUUGUAAAAACUGUAUGCAAAUCAUCAAUGAAUGUAGCAGGAGGGCACGCAGUGGUUUUAAAUUCUUGAUAUAUGGAAGAUAUAAGCUGUUAAGGUUUUAUAAGUGUCAGUUAUUUAUUUGGCAAACAUGCCGAACUGGCAUGGUUUCAGAUAUUCAGCCUGCUCUCUCUCAAGCUUCCUCUGUCAUUCAGUCAUGUUUCAAACCUCACAGUAAUAACCAUAGUGAUAAAGCACAUUAUCCUUUCACUGCUCCAGUUCUGAUCAUAAUGAGACCUGCUCAUCACGCAGUGCUGCUUCUAACUCUCGUACUCCAUGCGUUAAAGCCUGUUAACAUGUUGUGACCGUUGAAAAACACUCUGCCGCUUAAAAACUGACCAGAAAUAAACAAGCUUUACUCAA